AUGAAGAAGAAUAAGAAGAGGACGUUGAAAAAGAAGAAAAUUGAACAAGAAUUGAGUACAGGAGGAAGAGGAAGUUUCCCAAACAAUGAUGAUAUCCCAGAAGAUAUAAUAGCAGAAAUCUUGUCAAGACUCCCUGCCAUAGCCCUGACCCGAUUCAAAACCGCAUGUAAGCAAUGGCUAUCUCUAAUCUCCCAUCCAUCUUUCUCACAGUUACGCCUCACUAACAACGCCACGACUUCAGGCUUAUUCCUAUACGCUCGUCACCCUCCGGCUCGCAAACAAUAUAUACUAACAGGACGUCCAGAAGGCGGAACUCUUAUCCCUCUCCUAACCAUCGAUAAUGUUGAUUCUGAUCAGAUGGUUAACACACGAGCCGAACAUCUUAAUGGUCUAGUCUUACUUACCAGCGAUGCUUUUGCUUACGUUAUUAAUCCUACAACUCGACGAGUCUUUAAACUCCCAUUUCCCUGGCCACAAAAUAAAUCAAAGAAUGUUGUGAUGAUAAUUAAUUAUAAGCAGUAUUACUUGUUUGGGUUCGACCAAUCCCAAAACCAACAUAAGAUUUUGCACAUGAGGCUGCUUCGUCGUGAUGCUGCUAAUGUUAAAACAACAGUGUUUAAGGUAUUUUCUUUGUCAGAUUAUUCUUGGAGAAACCUUGAUAACCCCACCCUUCCCGUUGAUAUUGAUGUGAAUGACGUUGUUGACCGUACACAUAGUGUUUGUGUCAAUAGUGUGAUACAUGUGAUGAUUCCCAAUGGUUUAAAGAGAAUAAUCUUGACGUUUGAUUUGAUUAGUGAGUGUUUUUCGGUAAUAAACUUACCUGUAGAUCUUCCACGAGAACCACGUAUAAGACUAUGCGAAAGCCUAUGCAUAUCCAACAUCCCUUUCCUCACUCAAAUCAAUGGUGGCUUAUUAGGACUUGUUUGCUAUGAUGAUCAGAUGGCCGAAGCCAAUCAGAUUCAUUUGUGGACAUUACAAGACUACGAAAAUCACGGUGUUUGGGUCAGAAAAACCAUCACUUUGUCUGCAGACAAGUCUUGGAUCGACUUAGGAGGGCCUUUGCUGUUGGGUUUUUGUAAUGACAACGAACUUGUGUUUUCGUCUGCGAAAAAAGUUGUGGUUUCGUUUGCGGAAAAAAUUCCAGUGUAA